UGUACGCAUGCGCAAAAUUGACAGUUUACUAGCGCAGCGCACUUGAGCCAGCUGAUACCAACCACCAGCUAGCAACGGCGAUUAACGUUUGGGUUUUGUUCACGGCACUACAUUAUCCGUCACGACCUAAUUCUACAUUCCAUGGGAGACAUAAAUGAGAUUGAUUCACACAAGUAUGGCGGUGUACUCGAAAGCUUUGACAGCUGUUCGUCCGUGUAGUUAGCUAACUAGCCUGGUAAAGUUGAUAGCACUGAAUAGCAUCAACGCUAGCUAGCUAAGUUACAGCGGAUUCUUACAAGCUGGCAUCAGAAAACCUAAUCGUCAGCCAUGGGAAUACUAUUUACUAAGCUAUGGAGGCUUUUUAAUCAUCAAGAGCACAAAGUUAUUAUUGUGGGCCUGGACAAUGCUGGCAAGACCACAAUUCUUUACCAGUUUUCAAUGAAUGAAGUGGUACACACCUCUCCUACGAUUGGGAGCAACGUGGAGGAGAUUGUGGUCAACAACACUCAUUUCCUGAUGUGGGACAUUGGCGGCCAGGAGUCCCUUAGGUCAUCAUGGAAUACAUACUACACAAACACGGAGUUUGUCAUUGUGGUCGUGGACAGCACUGACAGAGAAAGGAUCUCAGUGACCAAAGAGGAACUUUACCGCAUGUUAGCACAUGAAGAUCUAAGAAAAGCAGGGCUGCUGAUUUUUGCCAACAAGCAGGAUGUGAAAGGUUGCAUGUCUGUGGCCGAAAUCUCCCAGAGCCUCCAACUUACCUCUGUCAAAGACCACCAGUGGCACAUUCAGGCCUGCUGCGCCCUCACUGGGGAGGGGUUGUGCCAGGGUCUUGAGUGGAUGAUGUCACGGCUGCGCGUGAGAUGAUGACCUUUGACUUUGAUUGAGAGUGCACCCUUGCUCUUUGUGUUUUUUUCUGCCUCCAAACACAAGCUUGAAAUGAGGAUGGCGAGGAGGUCAGUCGACGGAUGGCCCUCCCCUCUUUCCUGUUACACUCACGUUGGCAGACCGUUGCCAGGACAUUAUGUGAUCAUCUGUGAUAAUUUAUUUUACAAAAGACGUUCUGAACACGGAACAAAAAAAAAAAAAACUCGACCUUUUCUCAAGGACAUUGGACAACAAAAGAAACUGAAAUUAUUUAAAGUGAAAUUUCUGCACGAUUCUCCUUUUAGCAAAACACAGCAAAGUGUCUGACUUGGAAAGGUACAUGAACUUACUCUUCAGCUGUGUGUGAGUCUAGCCCACGGUGGCCUUGCAGUAUUGCCGGACUGGCUGUGGCGGUUUUUAUUGCCCCCCUGUGUGUACAGUCCAGUAUUUUCCUUUAACGUGGUGCCUGCAGCAGAAUGUUAAAGCGAUGACAGUUGAUGGUGACUGAAACAUGAAGAAAGGAGGGUAAAAUCACAAAAUGCCCUCUUGCUUUCAGUCUCUAUGAAUAAUCAGUGAAAUAAAGUGUUUUUAUCUGUUUCAGGUGAA